AUGGCUCUGGUGUGCUCCACAGGAGGCGGAAGCUGCUGCUUGCAGCGAGCUCAGGUGAGAGGAGUGGCGCCUUCCUCUGGGCCUAUCCCUCUUCUAUCUAUCUCUUGGAGGAAGGAUGGUGGAGGCCGCAGGGGCUCUGCCCUGAUAGUUUGCGCCAGGAAGGGGCUCUCUUCCCGGACCCGCAGGCUGGAUAAUCGGGGAAAGAAGGGCGGUGCCACCACUACCGCGCCCAAGGAGGAGGAAUUAGGGGGUGAGGUGGAUGAUUCCCUGCCUUCCUCCGCUGAAGGAGAGCUGCUGGGGACGGAUGGAGCGAGCUCGGUGUCGACGCCGAUUCCGGAUUUGCCGGGUCUGACGACUGAUUUCUGGGAGGGGUCCAAGUGGGAUACCUUUGGCUUCAUCGUGCAGUACCUCUGGGCUUUUGGCAUUGUUUUCGCAGUAAGAUUUCAAUAUGUUCCUACCAUAGUUCUCUUUUAGUAUCGGUGAAUGGUUUUUAGGAUUUCCUAUCGCUUGCUUAUGUGAUAGUGCCAUUCCAGUUGUUAUAUAUACGGCGCAGAACCAGUGCAUUUCAGUUAAUUCUUCCCAUAGUUUUUGGCCAUUUUGUGUCAAAUAUAUUACAAAUUUUCGAGCUUCUCUAAAGGUUGAUUUUGGUUUAGAGAGCUCCAUCAUAUUGUUUUGGUGACAGAUAUGAAUAAGUUAUAGAGUUUAUGUGUAUUCUGAAAUUUCAAUAGUUGAAUUUGCUUAGAUGAUGCUUAAAGCCACAAUCUAUAGUUCUGGUGAACGUUUUUGACGGAGGGAAGUUAGUUCUUUGAAUAAAAUAUCACGAUUUAUAUGAAGAUUUAAAGUCCUCAAGCUAACAGCAAUGUUUUCUGGUAUCAAGCUAGCGGAUACGGAAUUUUGAUGAACUGAUGGAUGCAGGUGAGUCUGCAUAGACACUAGGAAGUAAGAAGACAUGAUAUUGUGAUGGUUACAAAUGGCAUUAGCCGUCUCCCCCAAAACAUUUUUUUCUAUUAACAUUUUUCCUUGGCACACUUGGCUAUUAAACACGAUUCUAAAUUCAAAUUUCUCUGUUUUCAUCUUCUCUCCACUAUAUAGCACUUUUUUUGGACAUUCAAUAUUUCUUCUCAGUGGAUAUUUGUAUUUAUUUUUUUUCUCUUUUAACGUUAUUGGUACCCAUUUAACUUUUAAAUUUUUACUUACUCCAAAAAUGAUGUCUUUGGGAAAAGAAUUAUAUUCUGGCAUGAAGGAGAGAGGAUAGAUAGCUAGUUUUGGUGCCUUUAUCGACUUCAAAUUGAGAAGGUUCCCUGUUGAAAAAUAGAUGAACAGCUCUAGAUACGAGUUGUGGAAAUCUCUUUAAAGUACCAAAAAAGGGUCAGAAUAAUGAGAUGUGAAUCUGAAAGGAGAGAUUGCAGUUACCGGCACAGUUUUGGGGACAUUUGAGUAAGCCGCUGGCUUCCAGCUGCACCUUGACCCCUAUCCCAUUUUUGGGCCAGGAUUUGCUAAUCUAAAAUAUUUCUUAAUGCUACAGCCUUUUGUUAUGCUUACUCACACUCCACGUCCAUUUUGUAGAAACCUAUUAGUCGGUUUGGUCUGUUAUGAUUUUCAUUCUAUUAGUUGCCCUGGGCAGGACGGAGUUACCUUGCCCACGCUCCUUACAGGUUUUCAAUGUGUCUGCUCAAUAACCUCCAUCUUUUUGUGUUGGAAUUUUCUCUGUGACUGAAAUGGUGGAAGGGAAAAGUUGCACCAAAGAAGAGGAAGAAAAGAGGAGGAAUAAGAGAAACAUAAGAAGAUGAGAAAAUUGGCUUGAUCACCACCAUUCUUGCACCUAUUGCUGCUAUUCCAGUGGACAUUCGUCCGUUCUUUCUCUUUCUCUGUUGUUGGACUCUAGCUUACUUUUGCUGCUGUUGUGGCUCCAGCAUUGGCCGCCGUCCUUGAUCCUUUCACUUGACUUGUCAUCAAGUAUGGGGAGAGGGGUCAAAAUUUUGAAUUUUUAUGUGUCUCUGUUCAUGUUUAUUCUGGUCGUUUUUAUUUUUGACAACUUAUAUGUUCGAUAUAAACCCAUAUUGCAGCGUCUCAUGAGAUAGAAGUAGUUGGAUGUGAAUUGGUCAGUAUGGUACCAAGAUUCGCAGGAGAUCUGAUCCACUUGGCUAGUUAGCUAAGGAGGGAUCAACUAUGACUUGAGAAGUCUGAAAGCUUCUCUAAGUCAUCUAACCAAGUUAGGAAACCAUGCACCUGUGAUUUACUCUAUUUCAAAUGUUGUUCCUUCUCAUGAUUGCUACAUCGAGCGAGAGAGAUCAACUUUCAUUGCAUGACAAUAUACUGCAAAAAAAUUCAGGGAGGCUGUUCUAUAACAUUCCAGCUCAUGCCAAAUGAUUAGAACCUUUAAUGGAUUCUAUGCUUCAUAUUGCUAGAUCUCUGAAGAAUAUGGAUGUAUCUGUUAAAAUACGGAGGAUCAUCUGAAUACGUGCUGCAAGAUUUUUGAUUUCUUGUUGAAUUGUAAAUGGAAAUUGGCUUUGUAAUUGUUCACAUUUCAUUUUUAGAAUGGUUCUUUGGUGGUGUUGAUUUGUGGAUGUAUUUCAAUAAGAGAAAUGAAUAGAAUGGAGGCUCUUAAAAUAGAUGAUGGUCCCGAGGCUAUUCGUAGAAGGAACCUAAGUUUUAGUCUCAAAGGAUGGACCCUUUAUUUUUGGAGCAAUGAUGCUGUUUCAUUGGGUGUCUGGAUUCUAAGAUGAGAUCUGUCAAAACUGCAAACCCCAAGUUCAAAAAUGAAGAGGCGUUCGAUUUCGUAACUUUAAUCUUUUUAAACCAUGAAGAAGAUCGUUUCAUACAUAUCUAUGGACAUGAGGCUAUGCCAAUCUAACCUACAGAUGGAGAUGUGUGUUUGGGGAGGCAUGGCUGCCUUUAUUUUUGAGCAGUUUGAGAGGAUGCUGGUUUGGCUGUAAUUAUUGCUCGGUGUCCACUGCUUUGGCUGUAUUUGUUCCAUCUACUUAUCAUAUUAAUAACUUAACACCAAGGAAGCUAUUCCAAUUUUGUUCUAUUUACAUCUCAAUCUUUUACUACUGCCAUGAUUAUAGCAUUUUGCGAAAAAAUAGCAGAAACUUUAGUCAGUUGGUGAAUUAGUCUCUCCAUCAUAACUUCGACGCCUUAGAAAUGUUACCCCUUUUCAUUGAAAUGAACUCUAAAAUUUAAAGUUCACAGAAAGUUCUAAGCAGUCUCGUUCGCUCAGGAAGGCUUUAAUCUCUUGGAAGUGAGACUGUUUCACGUGGUUAAUAUAUGAGAGAGGAAGAGUAAUAACUCGGCUGCUUAUUUAAGACCUUGCUUAUCUUCUGUGGCUUUUUGAACAGCGUCUAAUUUGUUCUGGUUUCCUACCUUUAUUACCAACAGCUGAUAACUGUUCCUCAGGCUAACGGCUCAAGAUUUGUAUACUAAGGGGCUCUGAGUUUCCUUUUUUUUGCAUAGGGUUGAAAUAUCCACUAACAUUCACGAGUGUUAGUUUAUAAACAUUGGACUUAACGUUUCGAGGAUCAGUGAGAGACUAUUGACAAAAUCUGCAUAUAUCAAUUUAAUAUUACUAUAUAUUUCAUCUACUAAACUAUUGAUGUUACAGAUCACAUUAUCUACAAUGAUAUGUUGACAGAUAUUUUUUUUACAUAAAUGACCUUGUUUCUGAUAUAUUUGUCGAGUUAAACAAGUCUCUUGGACACUGGUUGCAGUUAAUUGCAUGUGGGAUUGCGGUGGCCACAUACAAUGAAGGGGCAACGGACUUCAAAGAGACCCCGGUCUUCAAGGAGUCAAUGCAGUCACAAGAACUGCUAGAGGAGCCUGACUCAUCUGGUUCUGAUGUGUUUGAAGUCAAUCCGACCGAGGUGGCACCCAGUUUGGAGUAG